CUUGCAGAGCCUUCAAAGAUUCGUAACUGGUUUCAACGACGGUUCACUUCUAAAUCUGCUAAAUCUGCUAAAACCAAAAUAGAAAAUGAUAAAAAUGUCGUCCAGAGUGCAACUGAACGCAACAGCUACUUAGAAUGGACCGCAUCAGCAAAAGUGCCGAAGGAUGCAGUUUCUGUCAAGGAUGGACAAAAGGAGUAUUACAUUGCUAAGCGUCUGCCAUGUGAGCCUUGCUUCUUUGACAAAGAGAAAAGCUCAUGUGUAACAUGGGUACAGGAGCGUGAAAGCAGAUCAGAUGUUAGAGCCGAUGAAAUUAUGUUUCUAGUGAACAAGGAUAACUUUGAAAUUAUCGAAUGGAAGAAUUGUACCAAUCAAACGAUUCCACAUAUGUUCAUAGAAAUAUGUGAUGAGUACUUUAUUGCUAAAACUGAGGGGGACACUGAUCUGACCACAGAAAGUGUUACUGAAACAACUGAAGUCCUCACCUUAAACACUGACUUUAAAAUGCAGCAUUUAAACAUUGCUGAGUAUUUCAUGUCAAGUGUGGUGACGGCAGAAAACCUAGAAGUUCUUAAACAUUUCCAAGCUUCCAACAAGAACUGCAAACCGUCCAAACAUACGGUGAAAUUCGACCAAAAUAUUGAUAAAACAACUACUUACCAAACAGGUAGAACCCAUACAUUUGGAGUAAACGCAGAGAUAUCAGUCGGUGGUAAAAUUCUAACUAUGGGGAAUAUUGGAGGAAAACUUGGGCUUAAAUAUGACUACACUCGCUCUCGUUCUAAUACUACAUCUGUAGUUGAGAAAACCCUGCACUCUGUGGGCAUGGAGGUGGAGGUUCCACCCAACAAUUCUUGCACCAUUGACAUUACAAGCAAUACCUUCACGGCUGAAGUCCCGUUCACUGGCGAAAUCACUAGAGUGUACAAAAACAACAAAAUACACAAGACCUUCAUCAACGGCACCUACAUCCAUCAGGAAGUAGCAGAAAUUCAAACACUUGUCAAUCCCUGCCAACCUCUCUCUGAUAGAAGUAAAUGUUAGUCAGAACAUAGGCCUACAUAACCAGUGUGCAACUUCUCCAAAACAUGAUGUAUUGUGUAAGUGUAUGAUUAUAAUAGAAUGUCAUAAUCACAGAAUCAACAUUAAAUCAGCAUUGAACAGACUA